UUGCAUACUAGCCAAGGCAAGCCACUUUUGUGGUCUAGAAAAUGGCGGCGCCCUAAUGCCUCAUCCGAAACACCGUAGUACCGUAGUCCGAAGUGAAGUUUGCAGCAAGUGGACCUCUAAACAUGGAUGGAAAAGAAGCAUCUGAGCCAGCAGCCCUACUGCCAAAAAUCGUUCGCGUAACCACAUUGGCAGACAGCACUGAAACUUCAAGAGACGCAGCCACCAUGGAUUGGGACUCGGGGCCAUACAGCUGUCCUGAGUGCCAGAAAUGCUUUGCCUCACGGACUUGCCUCACAAUGCACAUGCACUGGCUUCAUGGUGAAGUGGAGAUGGCUGCAGUGAAUGGGAACACCAGGACUGAGAUCAUCGUGUCGCCUAGCAGGCCUUCGACUGUGCUGGCACCUGCAAACAUCGGCCACGUCUUUGAGCCAGAAUGUGUUCUGCAGUGCUAUGAGGAUGAGCACUACGGCAAUGGUGCUGCCAAGAUCAAAAAAGAAGAAGAGGACAACGAAAGGGGCAUGAUUAGUGUUGACAUCAAAGAAGAACCGAGUAGCCCUACAACUACACCACCUCCUGUAAGUGAAGUGCUGUUUCGAAUCAAAGAAGAACCGAGUAGCCCUACGACUACACCACCUCCUACGGCAAUCCUGCUGCCAAGGAUCGUCUUUGUAACCUCGUUGGCAGACAGCACCGAAACAUCAGGAGGCACAGCUAUUGAGGACAGUGACAUAGGAAUCCCUGACAGUACCAUCACAACCUCAGUGAAGCAGCGUACCGAGGCCGGGAGCACGGCUGAGAAGCUACACCCAUGCCCCGUGUGUGACCGGAGGUUUGCCCUCAAGUCCCAGGUGGCAAAACACCAGGCAGUGCACUCCGGCGAGAAGCGGCACACGUGCGCAACAUGCGGGGAGCGGUUCGCGUGGCGGCAGAGUCUCGUCCAACAUGAGCGUACCCACACGGGAGAGCAGCCAUUCCAGUGCAGCUACUGCUCAGUGACAUUUGUAUGCAAUGAUAGGCUUAAAAAUCACAUUCUGACCCACACCAGUGAGAGAACGCACGAGUGUGAUGUGUGCGGGAAGCAGUUCAAACUCAAGAGGACGCUCGCCGGCCAUCGCCGCAUCCACACGAGUGGGACGGAAUACACUUGCGAGCAGUGCCAAGCCACAUUUGCACGGAGUGAUACGCUUAGAGACCACAUGUUGACGCACACCGGCGAGAGGGCGCACGAGUGUGAUGUAUGCGGGAAGCGUUUCAAACUCAAGAACACGCUCGUCGGCCAUCGCCGCACUCACUCAACUGAGAUGCCCUACACUUGCGAACAGUGCCCGGCCGCAUUCCGUCGCAAUGCGACUCUGAAAAAACAUGUGCUGCUUCAUGAAUGUGGAGCGGAGGCAUACCACUGCCCCAUCUGCACGAGGGCAUUUUCUCACGCCCCCAAACUUAAAUUGCACUUGCGUCUUAUGCACAAUGGGGGGAGGGUUGGGGUAACGGGCAAUGAUUGCAAGGCGACGCUUUCACCACCAAGUGGCCAUUCCAACACUUCGCCAACGGUCAACAUAAAAACUGAAGACUGUGGAGAUAUCUCAGAUUUUGAAGAAUUGAUCACGGGCGAUGUGUACUAGUGAUUAGUUGAUGUUGUCAGUGUCCAUUCCAGCACUCGGCUCAGCCUCCUGCCAAUGUAAAAGCCGAUGGCUGGGGAGAUCUCUUGAACAUGGACGAUUUGAUUAUGGA